UCAUUUUAAUACACACAUUGUACCACAAUAAUGCCGAGUUUUCAAUAUAUUUCGCAAUUUUUUGGACCUGCAGAUUGGGCAGAAUGGGUGCGUUCGAGCGGGACACGCUUGUAACUUUGAGUGUAGGAAGGUGACGGUGGGCGUAAGGUAGAAAGGUGUGGGCGUAACAUAUACUGUAGCUGAAGCGGUUUCGCCAUUAUGAAUGGAGUUAGUUAUGGAGGUCAAUGAGGUUACCCGCGAGCUUAUACAGUUGACCUUAUAAUGGUUAAAAAAUACUGCAAAAACGGACUCAAAUACGAUUUUACGGACUGCUCGAACACAGCCAGAAAUAAUGUUCAACUGUUACGUAUGGCCACAUGAGAACAUCAACGACCCGAGGCGGGACACCGGGCGAUCUGUGAAGAUUCUCUCCAGUAUGCGUAGCAACCAUUUUUGAGGGCAAUGACUUUGUUUUGCUGUGGUACGUUUGAAUGAACCAUUUGUAUAUUGAUUGUUACUCAAUUAAAAUAUACAAAACGGUCCCUCUAAUAUGGCCGCUACGCAUGAGGUCUUAACAUCACCAGAGGCAGUUUCCUUCCUGAAAUGUUUGCGUCCUGUGUAUCACCACUGAGUGGGAAAUAAUGGCGACGGCUAGUCCAGGUUACCGGGAAGGAGGUUGGGGCUGGGCGGUCGUUCUGGCCUGCUUCGUGACUGAGUUCAUCGUCUACGCCAAUUUGAAAGCUCUGGGAGUUCUAAUCACUUCUAUGAAGGAGGAUUUCGGCACGGAGUUGUGGGUCGUCGGCACCAUAGUCUCGCUACAUUAUGCAGUACAGUUUACCCUGUCACCCCUUGCGGCUGCUCUGGCACGCAUAUUUGGCGUUCGCUCCUUGAUUCUUGUUGGCGGUGCACUCUACGGAGUUGGUCUGGUGGUGUCUGCUUUGACGCACAGUGUCACCAUCAUGGCUCUUGCUCUUGUGGUUAUCGCUGGAGCAGGGGGAGCGUCUGCGGAGGAGACGACCUUCGCCGAACUUGCUUUUUACUUCCGUGAGAAGUAUCCUUUAGCAUGUUUCAUCGCGCUUACCGGGGCUCCAUUCGGUAUGAUGUUGUUCGGCCCAAUAACCCAAGUUCUCGUGGACACGUAUGGAUGGCGAGGGGCAAUGCUUCUGCUAGGAGGGUUUGGUUUCCAUCUUGUUGUAGGAGGCAUGUUGGUACGUAGGCCGGCAGCUUUGUACCAAGAAGUCCCCGACCGCGACGAGCAACUCGCAAUUGACGGCACCGACUGUCCUGGUAAAUCUACGGAGGAAGUCAAACCAACUAAGUCCAAGAUAUCCAACCUAUGGAAUUCAGUUGUCUCAGCGCUGUUUCUCAAUGUCUUCGUGAGUGCUGAAUUCAUGAUUGUAGCAACUGUACGAAUGAUGUACAGUAUUGCAUACGGUGGUAUAGUUGUCUACAUAGUACCUAAUAGCCUGGCGCUUGGUCUGAGCACCAGAGAGGCAUCAUUCCUGCCUACAGCGUGGGGGGUUGGGAACCUGGCUGGACUGGUUCUGUCGGCUUUGGCUUUGCAUGUUAAAUUGGUUUCGGUCCGUAGCGCUGAAGGAAUAGCUGCAGGCGUAGCCGCAGUAGGAUUAGCCCUGGAACCCUUCGUCUCUCCAUUCGUGGGUCAGAUUCUCACUACGUUCAUCGUGGGAGCUGGAAUGGGUGGCGCUAUCGAGGGGAUACUUGUCAUGACGAGGUGUCUACCUUUUGGUGACGACAAACUUUUCAGUGUGUUUGGCUGGCAAACAUUUCUGAGUGGAGUAGCUUCUUCCAUUGGAGAUACUCUAUCAGGUUGGCUUUCUGAUGCGACUGGGAGUUUCCACGCAACAUUCUUCUUAUACAGUACUGCCAUGGCAGCGAUAUUACUGUGUCUUCUUGUAGAUGUCAUUCGCAUCAUUGCCACUACCGGAUCUUCCAAGCAACGUGGGCUUAUGGUUCUAAUGCCUUCACUCUUUAAGAGAGACUCAAGUAGAGGCUUCGAAAGAAUGCCGAUUCAACCGAAUACUAAUUCAGCACAAUGAUUACACAAUUAUAAUCCUAAAAGUUAAAUUGUAUAGUCCAGUUAGCGUUACACAAUUACACUUUUGAGGAUACACUAUAGAAAAUGCACACUAAUUUUAGAUGUUUGCAUCAAUACAAAUAUUUAAUCAACUAUUUAAAAAACUGUUAGCUACCAUCUUUUAAAACUUGUGAUGUUACUAUAUUUUUGUAUCUGUUUUAGGGUGCAUGGUUUGUUGGGUGAUUGGGUCUAUUAAAGGCAUAGUCUAUCAGAUCACCAAGUAUAUGAACAUGAUUCUACGU